CACAUACUAACCUCCACCGAGCCUGAGCCCUGCUGCAGCACUCAGCCCAGCCUGCUCCAGCUAACACCCACCUUCCUCAUUCCAGCAGCAUAAGCUGAAGUCAUCGCAGAAAGACAAGGUUCGCCAGUUCAUGUCCUUCACUCAGGCCGGGGAGAGGACAGCGGUCUACUGCCUCACACAGAAUGACUGGAAACUAGAGGUGGCCACAGACAACUAUUUCCAGAACCCGGAUCUCUAUUACAAAGAAUCCAUGAAAACCACAGUGGACCGCAAGAAGCUGGAGCAGCUGUACAACCGAUACAAAGACCCUCAGGAUGAGAAUAAAAUUGGAAUCGACGGGAUCCAGCAGUUCUGUGAUGAUCUCACGUUGGAUCCGGCCAGCAUGAGCGUGCUGGUGGUAGCCUGGAAGUUUCGGGCAGCAACACAGUGUGAAUUUAGCCGGAAAGAGUUUCUGGAUGGCAUGUCUGAGCUGGGGUGUGACAGCCCAGAGAAACUGAAAUCCAUCUUACCCAGAUUAGAACAGGAACUGAAAGACUCCGGAAAGUUCAAGGACUUUUACCAAUUUACCUUCAACUUUGCCAAGAACCCCGGCCAGAAAGGUUUAGAUUUAGAGAUGGCUGUGGCCUAUUGGAAUCUAGUUCUGACAGGUCGGUUUAAGUUUCUCGAUCUCUGGAACAGAUUUCUUCUGGAGCAUCACAAGCGCUCCAUCCCAAAAGACACGUGGAAUCUCCUCUUAGACUUUGGAAACAUGAUUGCAGACGACAUGUCUAACUAUGACGAGGAAGGAGCGUGGCCCGUCCUCAUAGACGACUUUGUGGAAUUCGCUCGGCCAAUCGUUACCGCAGGCAAAUAUAAACACUUAUAAUUACCACCUCCCCUCCUCACGGAGAAAGACGUGACCUCUCUGUUUAGACUUUUUAUAUGAGAAAUACUCAAUAAAGAAACGAUGAGGGGAAAAAUACUAAAGACUUCAAAGAUCUGAGUGUGUUCUGCCAAACCUGAGCUGACGAGAGUUCGUGUUAGGUUUCACCACCAGGGGACGACGAUGAGCGAGUCACGGGAUACGGCUGGAGAAGCUUCGUGUGCCGUUUCUUCUGUGCUGCCCUGCCUUCAUACAGACUACAUGAGGGAUCCAUGCACCAGUUCUCCCAGUCAUUCAUCAGCCUACAUGUCUACAUGUCCCAAAAAGAUUCUUCUGCUUGGAAUGAGGUGGAAAGUUCAGCAUCAGAAGGAGAAGAUGAUCAAAGCUCGGAACAAGCAGUUUGUGUCUGCCCGAUGGAUUUUCACCUCUUUACAUUUGCCAGACUAAGAAAGGUGGACAUACUGACCGUUCUGGUUUCCACCAUCCAUCCAUCUGCACUCUGAAGGUGGUGGAAGAAAACGUAGCAUAGCUAUAGAGUGCCAAGCGUGGAACCUUUACAUAGGAAUUUAAUUCGAUUAUUAAUGUGUGUCGUAUUUGUGUUGGAUUUUAAGCUGUGUGAGUAAGUAAAGGAGAUGGAUACGAA